UCCCCGUCUUCUCCACAGCACUGCGUUCCAACGGACACGAAGAGCGUCCGACGUCCGCAAGCUCUAUACCAAUCGGCCGCAGGUUGAAGACGGCUCAUCCUCAUCGCAGAGCUGAAGGAAGAGCCAGAGCCGGCCAGCGGUCGAUCUUCUCCCACAGCUGAACCACUUUUUCCUUCCGGGAAGAGCUUGUGAAGCUCGUGAACGGGACACUCGAACAGUUAACCGGUCUCUAAUGGCGGAAGAUUCAGAGAAGAGGUUUCACUCCAUAAUGGACAAGCUCUUUCAAUACCCGAGAUCGAAUCCGAAGGCAUCCUCUUCAUCCCCCAGUGACGGCGCUUUCGUUUUGUAAUCGAUUGGUAGUUCAUCAGUAAUGCAAUUGUCGAGGGGAAGAAAGCGGCCAAAUCCAAUGUCGGGAAUGGAUGAUGCUGAGGAAGUCCAGCCUUCAGCUGGAGUCUCACAAGUUCCGCUAUGCAGGCCGUGGGACCGCGAUGAUCUCUUGCGGAGACUGGCAACUUUCAAGUCCAUGACAUGGUUCGCAAAGCCCCAGGUGGUUAGUGCUGUAAAUUGUGCAAGAAGAGGUUGGGUUAAUGUGGAUACUGAUACUAUAGGUUGUGAAGCAUGCGGAGCACGUGUUUUUUUCUCCACUUCAUCCUCUUGGUCACGGGAACAAGUUGAGAAAGCGGCGCUUGUUUUUAGCUUGAAGCUCGAUAAUGGACAUAAAUUACUUUGCCCAUGGAUGGACAACUCCUGUGAUGAAACUUUAGCUCAGUUCCCCCCUACACCGCCUCCAGUUCUAGCUGAUCAAUUUAGAGAGAGGUCUUCCUUGCUUGCUCACCUCUUGGCUCUUCCUGUUAUUUCCUCCUUGGCUAUUGAGUUGAUGAGAAGCCCUCAACUCGGUCAAUUUCUUCAACAAUCAUCGAAGCUGGAGUAUGGUCACAUCUCUCCAGAGAUCCCUUCGACGGAAUAUCAAGAAAAUGGAUGUGAUGCUGAGUCUUCUCAUCUUUAUUAUCAGGCGUUGAAGCUCAUAAGUUUAUGCGGCUGGGAGCCUCGCGUAUUACCAUAUGUGUUUGAUUGCAAAAUGGAUCUAUCUAAUGGUGCUGCUGAAGAGACCAAUUCUUCAAAAUUUUCAAAGGUGCUUCCUGGAAAUGAUAAGUCACUAGGCUGCACCCCUGCUGCGGAUCUCAGUUCAGGCAUGGAGGCAAAUAGAAAUUUUGGUGUUUCAAGUGAAUCAGUUGCUGAUCCCAAGUCCGUAGUUCUGGACUGUAAGCUUUGUGGAGCCAGCGUUGGUUUGUGGGCUUUCCUUACAGUAGCACGACCUGUAGAGGUGUUUAGAUUGGUUGGUUUUGCACGACUCAAUAAUGAGAAGAAUGGCAGCACAAAGGACGCAGUUGAUGGAAAUCAUAGCCAUCGUGUCUCGAGUGGGGAGCCAAAUGCACCAUCAUCCAAUUCAAGCCUGACCAUUGCGGGUGGGCCACCUCCGACACAACAAAAUUUUAAAGCGACAAUCUCAUUGCCGGUUAUUGGCCGGAGCAUUAGGGCUCGUUUUUCCUCUGAUCCUGAUCUUAGAAAUCGUUUACUUAUCAACCAAGAAGAUAACCAAUCUGAAUUGAGAGGCACAACUGUGUCUUUGGGAGGAGAAGAAAGCAACAGGGCAAUUGGAGAUAUGGGAGACAACCAUCCACCUUCUUUGACUGAUAACCCUACUGAAGGCAUUGAUAGUCAGACAUCUUCUACUCAUCCAAAUGAUAUUUCCGGGGAAACGAGCACUCAGAAUGAUACAGAAGGUCUCUGUCAAAAUAAUAAUAUGCCUAAAGAUGCAAAAGAUGUCGGAGAUGCAGCAAUUUCUUCAAAGAAAGAACUGCUGGGUGGUAACAUAGGGGAGCGUACUCUGCCGGGAACGACAGAUAAAGGCAUGGAGUUUGAUCCCAUCAGACAGCACCGACACUUCUGUCCGUGGAUUGCAUCAACUGGUGGUAUGGUGCCAGGCUGGCAACAAGUAUUGUCUGCUUUGCAGCGUCAAAAGGAGAAUCCUAAUCUUUCACCAACAACCCCUGCAUCUGCCUCCGUGAUCAAGGUUGAUGAUCCCAUCACUUCAGUGAGGAGACUUUUCACGUCAAAAAGAACGAAGUCGUCUCAAAGAUAGUGUUGACAUAUGUAAGAUUAAUUUUCAAGUGGAAUUUAGCGUUCUAAGAAAUGUCCAAUUUUGAGAGCUUUCCGUCCUUAGGCAUAUAUAUGGUUUGCAGUGUGAAAUUCCUAAAAGUAUAGUUUUGCUUAACUUUCGGCAAGGAGCUUAUAUAUGAGAUGAGGAAAAGUAUCUUUCCCUUGUUGGGGGUUUCAAUAUAAUUCCAUGACGAGGCUCAUAGGCUAGAAACUCAACAAUUUUAGACUCUCUAACGAAUGAGCUUUUCCGGUGAUAGUAGUCAUAUCCUUUUUAUUACAUGAAUUUAAUUCUCUCUGCUCGGAAAACUGGGGAACUAUUCCAUCAGUGUCUUUUGUCACUCCACCAGGCCGCAGUUUGUGACCAGAACCUUCGAGUAAGGACGGUUGAAGCCUCUCUCUGCUACAACUGCCCUCUUAUCUCCGAUCAGCUUGGCAACCCUAAUCAACAUAUACAAGAACAAUUAUUUCUUCUUCGGCAUUCCAUUUGGAAAGAAUCAUCUUUCAGGAAAACAGGUACGGGAUAAAUUUCUCCGAGAGUACACUGCAUUUCCUGAAGCUGAAACAUUUUAUGAAGCUUCCUUUUACUAAACUCGUGUUUGGUACUACUACAUAAAUAGUGUUAUGACAAUGUUGUAUCAUUCCGAGUUUUAUAUAGGACAUGUCUAAGAUGGGAGACUUUUCCUAUUAUCAGUAGCAUGCUGCCAGUGUUGAGUGGGUUUA